ACUCGCAAAAUAGAUCAUCCACCAUCCUUAACGGCGCGAAGCUCACAACACUACUGCGAGUACCAUCAUCUCUCAUCACUCGCCGUUCAUCUCCUUACACGUGUCCAUCAUGCGUAGCCAGGUUGGAAAGAAAUUAAAGAAUAAAUCCUACGCGCGUGAACUAUCAGAGAGCGAGUGUCUUUCCUCAACUGGAAAAUCCGGGAACAGCUAGAGGGUAAAGUAGUCAUUUAACACAGCCGGAGAUCACUGUCUCUCUCUCUCCGUUCAUAUACUCUCUCUUCGCUCCACUGCGAGACUCAGACGAAACAAGGAAAAAAAAAAUCAAAUCUUUCUCCUCUCAAGCUGUCUCUCUCUGUGAAACCCUUUUGCUGUGUAUUGUCAAGCUUAACGUUACGAGGAAGAAGAAGAAGACGAAGGUUUUGUUCAUGGAGAAAAAACAAGGAUUCUUCUCUGCUCUCAGAGGUCUCUCUCCGUCGCGUUCCAGGACAAGGUCUCGCUCCGUCAGCCCCGCUCGGUCUAGCUCCCCCAUGACAGCUCUCUCCUGGGGGAGAAAGAACUUCACUGGCGGCGCCGCCGCCGCCAAUUACUAUGUAACCCAACCGGAGCUUUUAAUCGAGAGAUCCGGAAGCUUGAGACCCGUUAUGGAAGGACCCGAUCUAGACGAAGAAGAAGAAGGAGGAGGAGGGAGUGUAGGAGAUUCGAAACGACUCGGGUCAGGUCUAGGUAACUGGGUCAAAGGACAGCUCUCUCGCGCUCCCUCCGUUGCUGCCACGGCGGCGCACCGGAGAAACGAUCUGAGGCUUCUUUUAGGAGUCAUGGGAGCUCCUCUCGCUCCGAUUCACUUCUCCUCCUCCGAUCCUUUGCCUCACCUCAGCAUCAAAAACACACCUAUCGAGACUUCAUCUGCGCAGUACAUACUCCAACAGUACACCGCAGCUUCCGGCGGACAGAAGCUUCAGAGCUCCAUCAAAAACGCUUACGCUAUGGGGAAGCUCAAGAUGAUCACUUCCGAGAUCCAGACCGCGACGAGAACCGUGAGGAACCGGAACCCGUCAAAGGCCGAGACCGGAGGGUUCGUUCUCUGGCAGAUGAAUCCGGACAUGUGGUACGUUGAGCUCUCCGUUGGCGGUAAUAAAGUUCGCGCUGGAUGUAACGGAAAGCUCGUGUGGCGACACACUCCUUGGCUUGGCUCUCAUACCGCUAAAGGACCCGUCAGGCCUCUCCGCCGUGGACUUCAGGGGCUUGAUCCGAGAACUACUGCUGCCAUGUUCGCGGAGGCGAAGUGUAUAGGAGAGAAGAAUGUCAACGGUGAAGAUUGCUUCAUCCUCAAGCUAUCCACUGACCCGGAGACCCUCAAGGCGAGGAGUGAAGGACCAGCUGAGAUCAUAAGACACGUUCUCUCCGGCUACUUUAGCCAGAAGACUGGACUCUUGGUUCACAUCGAGGAUUCGCAUCUGACACGGAUCCAAUCCAACGGUGGAGAUACUGUGUUCUGGGAGACCACGUACAACUCGUCCUUAGACGAUUACCGCCAGGUGGAAGGGGUCAUGAUCGCUCACUCGGGGCAUUCGGUUGUGACGCUUUUCAGAUUUGGGGAAGUAGCGAUGAGCCACACGAGGACGAAGAUGGAAGAGAGCUGGACGAUUGAGGAAGUUGCGUUUAACGUUCCUGGUUUGUCUCUCGAUUGCUUUAUACCGCCGGCUGAUCUCAAGACCGGUUCGGUAGCGGACUCGUGCGAAUACGGACAAGAGGAAAGAGGGAAGGCAGCUCACAGGGCCAAAGUUGCAGCCUUGGAGAACUGAUGUCUAACGGUUAUGACUAAAACAACCCUUGAAGGUAGCAUUAGGCAUUAUUAGCCCAUGGAAAAAAAGAUGAGAUCUUGCAAUGUGUUCAUAUCUCAAGCUAACCUUUUUUAGCAGCUUCUUCGGAUUAGGAAUCAGAUUUGUUAGCAUAACCGAAGAUUCACCGGUUCAAAUCGAAUACAAAUGGAUCUUCUUCUUUUUUCACUCUGAUCUCACUAAAUGGGAUGGAGUUUUGGUUGGUUUACUUAAUGUUUUUUUUUUUUCAGUUUGGUUUUAUUUUAAUUCUCACCUUCAAUGUUUUUGAGCAAGGUGAAGGCAAGAGAAGGAGAAUUGCCUGCUGCUUUUACUUUUCUAUCAUUAAGUGUUUGUGUUAAAUCGACCAUCUUAACUACAAAUCUUGAUAUUGUUCAUCUUUCUUUUGCUAUCUAUGUUUGGUGUUUUCGCUU